AUGGACAAGUUGGUAAAUCCAGCCAACCAAUGUGAGGACGUGCGCAAUGCCAAAGACUGGCAUGGGAAGGCGAUGAAAAUGUGGCUUGAGAACUUACUUUGUAGAAGGAUGGAGGAGGAGGAGGAGGAGGGGUGGGGAAAUGUGUGCCCGCAUCACUGUUUCCUCAAUAUUCAAGCACUAUGCGACAGCUGUAGAAUGGUGGUUGAUCCCUUUCUACCCUCGCCUUCACCUUGCACCACUCUCCUUACCAUGCAACUGCAGGAUGCCUCCGUAGGGGCGCAUUUAACCAACUUUCGCCUCCCAAACUCCUCUUACGUGUCGCACGCCCUGACCGUGUCAUAUCGUUUGCGCCUGUCAAUCUCUGCUUCCACCUCCUGUCUUAUCAACAACGGUGUGUCGGUGUGA